AUGGAUAAGAGAAAGAUAAUACUUGCAUCAUCAACUUCUUUUGAUGACGAACAUUCUGCGCCUCCUGAAUUAACUUUUAUUUUCAACCAUACGACAACGCCCUUUUCUUACUCGGAACAACCGUCAAUGAGUAAUAUCAUAAUUAAUGGAACUAAUGAGAUGCUAACGAAUAUUACCAUCGAACAUGUGCAGCAACAAAUGGAUCAUCCAAAAUUUAUAUGCAUCAUAGCAAUUGGAAGUGUAUUUGCUUUUUUAACAACAGGUGGUAAUUUAAUGGUUAUGGUAAGCUUCAAAAUUGACAAGCAACUGCAAACAAUCAGUAAUUAUUUCUUAUUCAGUCUUGCUGUUGCUGAUAUUGCUAUUGGAAUAGUAUCGAUUCCAAUAAUGACAUAUUAUAUGGCUGCUGAUACUAUUUGGGGUUUAGGCUAUGUAAUGUGUCAAUUUUGGUUAUGCCUCGAUUAUAUGAUGAGCAAUGCAUCCGUUCUCAAUUUAUUGCUAAUUUCAUUUGAUCGAUAUUUCUCUGUUACAAGACCAUUAAGCUAUCGACCAAGAAGGACUGCAAAGAAGGCAUUCCUGAUGAUUGCUAGUACUUAUAUUGCUUCAGCCAUGCUUUGGCCACCAUGGAUUAUUAGUUGGCCCUAUAUUGAAGGUCGAUUUACUAAUUCUAAUCGUUGCGUUGUACAGUUUAUUGAAACGAAUCAAUUUGCAUCUGUUGGUACAACAAUUGCGGCAUUUUGGUUACCUCUUGUAAUUAUGAUUAUAUUAUAUUCACGAGUAUAUUAUGAAACAAAAAAACAGCAAAAAGAUAUGUGCCUUUUGCAGGCAGGCCAGAAUCAAUAUAAGAAAGACAAGGAAAAAACAAAAUCAAACGCCUUAACAAAUCUAAGCAAAAAUGGAGGACGAACAAUAAAUUCGUUGUCAAAUUAUCCAUCAAAGAUGAUAAAAAAGCGCAAUUGUUGCUUGCGGAUUUGUUAUGAAAAAACGACUGAUAGCUCUACAGUGGAUGAAAGUGUCGAUGAUGUUCAUCAAAUUGGUCCAGAUGAAAUAUCAACAGCUAGCAGUAAUUACACUCGAUAUUACUGUGCGCAAAAUCGUUUAAAACGAUCACCACCAGCAAGCCUGGAUAAUCAGGGAAAUAAUAUUUUAUUAUCGGAAACAGUAUCAAUAACAGGAAAUCAAAUUCCCAAGGACAAAUCUUCCACAUACACUGUUUUAAUUGAAUUAAAAGAUAAUGAGAAAGAACAAUCACGUAUACGUCUUUCAUCAUACGAUUCGAAUACUUCCGAGGUAUCACGACUUGUAGGAGAUAAAAUAGAAGAGACUCGUAGAAAUGUAAUUUCACAACGAGCUUCAAAUGGAACAAUUAUGGCCAAGUAA